GAAGCACUUUUCGUAAGCAUUUAAUUCGGAAAAACCUUUAUUUCUCGCCGCUGACGGAUAUGAGAUAUUCCGGUUUGUUUCAUUCAGUUCGGAACCUUUUUAGACAAACGAACGAUUCGAGCGGACGGGUUUGACUGUGACACGUAACUUUAGAGCGCAAACAUGUCCAGGAGAAAGCGAAGUGCAGUUUGGACUCAAUUUCAACGAAGUAAAUUCAACUACUGCUGCCUGCAGAAUAUGCAAAGUGUCGAUAUCAUUCCGAGGAGGAUCUACAGCGAACUUACACCGACAUUAAGAACCAACACCGCGUGGUGCUGCUGAGCCGCGGAGAAGAGCCAGAAGAAGCUCCGGAAACGCUCCAAACAGCUGGAUAGGAGUCAAACACACCAGCAGCCGACUGACCGACGCGCUGGUUCCCGUCUUCCCCUCUCCUGUCUCCGCCUUCUGGUCUCACCGAUUCGUCUAGUCUCUGCCGCUAUCUGGCAGACAAUCCAGCAGAAAGUGGUGCUGGAUUACGGUUCGCUGGAGGAGUUUGUCUUCGUGGUCACAGAGAUGGUUCCUGAACUUCUCUCCAGCAGGCAGAGGGCUGAGCUCAUUCUGGGUCUCAGAGCACGGCUGAUCCUGGAGCUGUGUCGCUCUGAGGACACUGCCAACCUCCAGAUUAUUCAGCCUCAUCUUGAUCGUAUGCUGGACCUCAUGUCUCUGUGGAACAAGGAGGCGGAUCCAGAUGAAACAUCAUCUGACUCAAAAUUUUUGGACCUUGUACGAAAUCUGCUGAAAGAUCCUGACGAGAAAGAAAACUUUUUCCAGAACGUUUUCCUUGAAAGAAUUUGGUCCUACGUAUGACGGAGGCUCUUCACACCUGAUGUGUCUCUUUCUGUCCAGAUUUGAAAUGUUUCUUCCUAUUCCGAGUUUCCAACAGAUUGCUUCCAAGUUUGACAUGUCGUGUGUUCUGGAGGAAUGUUUGGAGCCUAUGUCUCAGUCGAAGGAUCUCAGAACGUUGCUGCAGUAUCAAAAAGGAAAACUUGGUCACAAAGAUGGCUCAUUGCACAGCGACUGCAUUAUUUCAGCUCUUAAGCUUCCCUCAGGGAAAAAGAUGACCGUGACAACGCAGUCAUCAGUCGGCUUCUCGCGCGGUGCGACUUUAUGUGCAUCAGAAAUCCAGUUGUUGCAAACAGCCAACACGGAACAGCUGCAAGUGGACAGAAUCAAAGAGGAUCCAGAACGAGAAAUAACGGUGGACAAAAUCGUCUGUAUUCAAGGAGAGGACGGGACGCAGAUCUUUCUUGGUGAAGUUACAGAUCAGCUCGAUGAGGCAUUUCAUCCUUUGAAAGAAUGCCAAGUUCAGCUCAACAGGCUUCCCUCGUUGGCACCGUCUCAACCUGUUUGUCAUAAGAGCAGCUCAAAGACACAAGUGAUGAUUGUGGAACAGAAACGUGAUCUUCAGACAUCAGGUGUGACUGAUGACAGUUCUGUUCCUCCAGAGGUGUCUGAAAACAGUGAGUACAAUGAGUUAGCACCGAUCGACUCUUGCAGCGACGAUGAUUUGUGGUCUUACCACGUGGAUGGCGGUGAAAACGACUUGUCGUCGAACCACUCGGAUGACGACUGUGUUUCACCUGGUCGCAGUUCCGAAAAGGCAAGUUGUCUAAAGUGAGUUUUCCAUCCCAGAUUGUUUCAAAGUUAAAGACGGGUCAGCCGACAGAGCGGAGAACUCUUCAAACGUCAACCUGAUGCCUCGGAAAAAGCCUCAGACCCUGAGGGGUUUGUGCUGCAUCUGCAAGGAGCAGGUGAAGAAUGUGACCAAGCACAUGAAGAUCCACUUUCCCCACGACGACUACACUUGCCCUCGCUGCGACAGCAGAUUCAAACUCUUAAACUCUCUCAGGUUGCAUUGAAAAGAAGUUGCUUUGAAUACACCAGAUGCAGGUCGAUCCAGAGAAGCCGGAGGAAGCCAGGAACCUUCACAAGUGUGACAAUGCGAGAAGGCCUUCAGGUACAAAGUGUCACUGGAUUCACACAGACGCACCCACAACGAACUGUACUGUAGCGUCUGUCGGAAAGUGCUGCGAGACGCAGCGACAUUAGCCAGGCACAAAGCUUGUCACACUUUGUUUCAGUGCACCCGCUGCGAGGCAAGCUUCAGUGUUUUUAAACCCCUGCGGAAACAUUACGAGAACAUCCAUGAAGUCAGCAGGCCCUUUAAGUGCAACCACUGUCCGAAAAGUUUCACCAAACUGCAAAUGUUUAUCGGACAUGAGUGGAAGCACACGGGCAAUCGGCCGUUCCGGUGUGCUCAGUGCGGCGAGCGAUUCAGGGGUGACAAUGAUCUCAUUUCCCAUCAAAGAGUUCACACCAAAGAGAAACCGUACCUUUGCGCUGAAUGCGGGAAGGCCUUCUCCCAAAAUUCCAACUGUUACGGCAUUUGAACUUCAUCCAUGGCAAGUAUCGCGAUGAGAAGAAGUUUUCCUGCUCUGAGUGCGAGAAAUCCUUCAAGGAGAAAGGAUCUCUGAAAAAACACCAGAGGACCAAACACUACAACCAGCUGUUCCGCCACCCGUGCACGUACUGUGGCAAGAUGCUGUCGGCAUCGUCGAUUGGGCGCCACAAACUGAUCCACACUGGAGAGAGACCUUUCCAGUGCGUGAUGCCCGAAUGUGGCAAAAAAUUCCGGACAACUACAGAAGCGAAGAAACAUGCAAGGUGGCACCAUAACGCUGAGCGCCCAUUUAGGUGUGACGUCUGUGGGAAGGGUUUUAUAUACAGAUGUUUGCUCAGACUGCACGUGAGAGUGCACUCGGGUGAGAUGCCGUACGUGUGCCACAUCUGUGGAAAAGCCUUCCUGUGGCUCCACAGCAUGAGAAGACACAAAAGACUUGUGCAUUCAUUUAGAAAAUGUAAGUAACGAAAAUGUACAUUUGAGCAACAUUUUACAUGGUGUGUGUUUUAUUAGUAGCUAAUCUUGGUGACUUGCUGUGUGUGAUGUAGAGUCAGAAUAAAAUGUCUUUUUUAAGGUCUGUA